ACACCAUAUAUAGCUCUCUUGUUUCUUUAAAUAAUACCGACGAACAUUAUGAAGGAGAAAACAAAGAGCUAAACAUGAAUUUUAAUGUUGAGCUAUCAUCUUUCGCUGAUUUUAUUUUAGAACAAGAUGAAUCACAAAAAGAAAAUCUAAAUUCUAAAAUAAGUCAGCAAAUAAUAUCUUUUAUUUCAGAAGGUGAUGCAAAGCAUCCUGUGCCAAAUAAACAAAGAGAUACACCAAUGUUUUUAGAACGAUUUAAUUGUAAAGGAAUAAUAACAAUUAAAAUUCUUUCCACAUUAAAUGUAAUUAAAGUUAAAUACUUGCAUAAAAUGCUGCAUUCUAGACCACAAUAUACAAAAACAACUCAAGAAAUUCAACAUUUUAUUCAAAACAAUAUUAAUUGUUCAGCUUCUAAAAUUUGA